UUUUUUUUCCCUUGGUGCUUAUAUUAUUGUUGCGCUUAAAUGUUAUUUCCUAAUUGGGACAAAUUACUCACGUGAUCGAAUUUCUCGAUGUUAAUUACCUUUUACAAUUUGUGUCGGAGUUGCAUUCCCUGAUUCGCACUCACCAAGUCUUAAUUUUUAUGGGGAGAAUGAUUCAUUAUACCUAUAGGUAGUUGACAGCGAUGAUUUAGUUGUCGAAAUCAUACGAAUUAAUGGGUAUAAAUUAAGUGAAAAAUUUCCAAUUUUCAAUUAGUAUAUUUAUUAUUCAUCAAUUCAAUUAUCUAGUAUAGAAAAAUAUAUCCAAUUAAUAUGUCCGGUCCAGAAUUUAACAUUUCUUCGAGUGUAACUCAAGAAUAUGAAUCUAAAUAUUCAGCUCAUAAUUAUCAUCCAUUACCAGUGGUUUUCACUAAAGCUCAAGGAGCUCAUGUAUGGGAUCCAGAAGGUAAAGAAUAUUUAGAUUUCUUAUCUGCUUAUUCUGCUGUUAAUCAAGGUCAUUGUCAUCCAAAAAUUGUUGAAGCACUUGUUGAUCAAGCUUCAAAAUUAACUUUAUGUUCAAGAGCUUUUUCAUCAGACGUGUUUGCAGUUUAUGCUAAAUAUAUUACUGAAUAUUUUAACUAUGAAAUGGUUUUACCAAUGAAUACUGGUGCUGAAGCCGUUGAAACUGGUUUGAAAUUGGCUCGUAGAUGGGGUUAUGUUAAGAAAGGUAUUGCUCCUGGUGAAGCAAUCAUUUUAUCAGCUGUUAAUAAUUUUCAUGGUAGAACUUUGGGAGUUAUUUCUAUGUCUACUGAUCCAGAUGCCACUACUAAUUUUGGACCUUAUUUAAAUGGUGUUGGACCUCAAAUUCCAGGUGCACCAAAGGGUACUUUAUUAAGAUAUGGUGUUAUUGAAGAUGUUGAAUUAGCAUUUAAAAAUGCUGGUGAUAAGAUUGCUGCUAUAUUAUUAGAACCAAUUCAAGGUGAAGCUGGUAUUGUAGUUCCACCAGCCGAUUAUUUUACUAGAGUACAAGAAUUAUGUAAGAAGCAUAAUGUUUUAUUAAUUUGUGAUGAAAUUCAGACCGGGAUUGCUAGAACUGGUAAGAUGUUAUGUUAUGAACAUUAUCCUAAUGUUAGACCAGAUAUUAUUUUAUUAGGUAAGGCUAUUUCUGGAGGUGUUUUCCCAGUUUCAGCAGUAUUAUCAUCUAAAGAUAUUAUGUUAACCUUAGAACCUGGAUCUCAUGGUUCGACUUAUGGAGGUAAUCCAUUAGCAUGUAGAGUUGCAAUUGCUGCUUUACAAGUUGUUAAAGAUGAGCAAUUGGUUGAAAGAUCUCAAAGAUUAGGAGAUUUAUUAAAGAGUGAAUUACAAAAAUUACAAGGUGAAUCAGAUGGAAUCAUUUCUGAAGUUAGAGGUAAAGGUUUAUUAAGUGCUAUAGUUAUUGAUUCAUCAAAGGCCAAUGGUAGAACUGCAUGGGAUUUAUGUUUAGUCAUGAAAGAUCAUGGAGUUUUAGCUAAACCAACUCAUGACCAUAUUAUUAGAUUGGCACCUCCAUUAGUUAUUUCUGAAGAAGAUUUAUUAAAAGGUGUUGAAGUUAUUAAGAAAUCAUUGGCUGAAUUACCUAAUGCCCCUCAUACAGCUCAUUAAAUAAUGACAACUUUUUAAUUCUUUUUGUUUUAUAUACAUAGGUUAGUUAUCGAUUACCCAAAAAUAUCAAUAAAUUUUAAACAUAUUAAUUUGUAUAAAAAUUGUAAGGAUUAUAAAAGAAAAGAUAUUGAGACAUUCAUAUAUUUUUGCAGCCUAUAUCCCCAAACCACGACUCGGCACACGACCCGGCGUAAAAUCUCCUCGAAUCCUCGGCACAUGCAAAAUUUGUAUAGGGAACUUUUUGAUCAGUCAGUCGCACAAUUGAAAAUUUGGUGGGGUUGAUUAGGAUAUUCGAAGCGAAUGAUUAAUAAU